AUGCCUUCACAUGGUGUAAGGCCCGGUCGGAUCAAUGAAGAGUCUGAGCGAACGCAUCCGAGUCGACGAGAUCUCGUUCCUGGUUUGACUCUGCGACAGAUGAGUCGGUAUGGACCGGAGGCUCGAUACUUUGAAAUCUUCACCCGGGGAGUGCCGAACAUUAACUGGUCUGCUUCAGCACCUCAGUCUUGGAUCAACCUGUCACAAGCGUCUGGGGUCUUGGUCCCGGGUGACUAUGAUGCCCGGAUUGAGAUCUCGAUUGACUGGGGUCAAGUCCCUGAUGACUUCAACGAAGAAGUACUCAUUGAUAUCCGAUCUCAGGAAGGAGAUUUUGAACAGGUCCAUCUGCCGAUCAAUGGCAGACGUGUUCCGAACUCUUUCAAGGGCUUCAUUGAACAAGACGGCUUGGUUUCUAUUCCUGCCACCGACUGUCUCAUUCAAACUCCGUACAAAGUUCUUCCCGAUGCUGGCAGACUUGAAACCGGAUCUCUGACCCUGGCUCCUGGAUCAAAGAGCACUAACGGAAUCCCCUACACAUCCUACCCUUUCUACCUAUUCACAGAGACCUCCGACAUUACUUUAGUGCUGUACUUCGGCGCCACUCUGGAUCUUUCUUCGGAUGAUGUUCUUGACUAUACCAUAGCGAUUGAUGAGGGGAAAUUGCAAAGCUAUCCUCUACAGAAGAGGACUCUAGAGAGUGAGAGGAACGCUGCCGACAAGGGAUGGGCGUCGGCUGAUGGUUGGUUCUUUGCUGCGUCGGAAAACGUAUGGGUUCGGGAGCAUGAGCUGAAGCUGGACCCUGGUGCGCAUACGCUACAUGUUAGGUUGGGACAUGCGAAUAUGUUGCUUGAAAAGAUCGCGAUCGACCGCGGGGGUGUAGCAAAGAGCUAUUUGGGGCCUCCGUUCGGUAUCAAGGCCUAG